AUGACUGUCCUCCCUGCAGAUGAGUUAUCCCUAUCACCACCACAACAACAACAACAGCAAGAAGAACAACAACAACAGAGGAAUGAGCCUAUCGUGAGUGGUAUGAUAGACACAGUGACAAACAGCACCAAUGAUGGAUCAUCUCUCUGUGAAAAGGAGAUGUGCCUCGCGCAGAGACGUAUUAUGCAACUUGAUAAAGAGCGUGAAGAGCGAGUGGCCCGGCGACGUAAUCCAGAUAAUAUAUUCCUUAAAGCCAUUCAAUACGUAAUGCCCUAUGGUGGUAUUCUCUCAUCUUCUUUUAACUUGGCGAGUUCUACACUUGGUGCUGGUAUUGUGGCCCUUCCCGCUGCCUUUCAAAUGUCUGGUAUUGGGAUGAGUACAGUCUAUCUUGUGGUGGUGGCUAUCAUGGUCGUCUACUCAUUUGUGCUGCUCACUAAAGUUGGCGAACGGACGGGGCUGCGGAGUUAUGAGAAAAUCACACGAUUGCUGUUGGGACGUGGGGCCGAUUACGUGUUGGCUGUUCUCAUGUGGCUACUGUGCUUUGGCGGGGAUGUCUCGUAUGUUAUUUCCAUGCUGAGAGUCAUACGGGGAUUUCUUAAUAAUGCCGAAAGUACACCAGAGUUUUUAAAAACACUUGCUGGUAAUCGAUUAAUUACAAGUGCGGUCUGGCUUGUAGUGAUGUUGCCUUUAUGCUUGCCAAAGGAAAUUAAUUCAUUAAGGUUUGUAUCCACUAUUGCCGUGAUGUUUAUUGUCUUUUUUGUUUUCUGUAUUAUUCUACACACCGCACAAAAUGGUUUUACACACGGUGUACGUGAUGAUCUCGUAUACUUUCAGCAUGGAAAUUUGGCUAUUCAAGGUCUUUCUGUGUACAUGUUUGCUUACGUCAAUCAAGUGAAUUGCUUUGAGGUCUAUGAAGAAUUAUAUAAACCAUCUGUUAAGCGUAUGACGUUAAGUGCACUUUUGGGUACAAUACUUUGCUUUGUAUUGUACUUUUUGGCUGGUUUAUUUGGUUAUCUUGAAUAUGGACCCACUGUGACAGACUCUAUUCUGGAUAUGUACAAUCCCAUUGAAGAUAAAAUGAUGGGUGUGGCCUAUGCAGGAAUUAUACUAAAACUAUGCGUUGGAUACGGACUUCAUAUGAUUCCCUGCCGUGAUGCUUUAUACCAUAUUAUAGGUAUAGAUGUGAAAACAAUUGCCUGGUGGAAGAAUUCACUCAUAUGUGGUACACUGGCCCUUGCAUCUUUACUUGCUGGUCUCUUUAUUCCACGCAUCACUACUGUAUUUGGACUGUUGGGAUCACUCUGUGGUGGAUCUAUUGGUUAUGUGUUUCCCGCGCUGAUGUUUAUGUACAGUGGUAAUUUUAAUGUGCAGUCCGUUGGCUGGGGACAUUUCAUAGGGACAUACGUGCUGCUCUUCUUUGGUAUCAUUGCUAUUGUCUUUGGUACUGGUGCUUCCAUAUAUGGAGAAGUCUUGAACAGCAUGUAA